CUCUCACCCAUUCCGCCAUUGUGAGCCAUUCUCCUCUGUCAAAUUUUGACUGACCUGGUCACCUGGGAAAAGAGGGAGCCCCGUAAUAAGAUACUGUUCCGUAUAUAUCCGUGUCACACGCUUUGUGUUGGUAUAGGGCGUUGUUGUUUGUUUACCAGAGCUGCCUUCAUAUAAUUCUGGCGUGUAAGCUACAGAGUACAGACGCUUUUAUUGCAUUCCAGCUUCCCCUUUUGUUUUGCGUCCUUUUUCUUCCCUUAUUUUAUUUAAAUCAACUCGCAGUUUGAAUUUCUUGACCCCCAGAAGGCCCUAGCUGCUUACCUGAACAAGGAUUGCUUGAUAUUCCUUGAGGAUUUCAAGCAAACAGUUGAUCGGCAUCUAGUUUGUACUCUUACUCUUUUCUUCAUUGGAUUGCUUUGUACUCCGAUUUUAUAAUGAACGAGCAACCUGGGAUUUCAAGGGCCAGCUCAUCGUGCUCUAUUUCGAGUGCUAGCUUGAAAAGCAGUUCAUUGGGUACGCAGGAUGAUCAUACUAUUGCUAAAAUAUUAGCUGAGGAGGAGGAAAAUUCUUUGAAGCACACAAGCAAGCUUGGAAAGAGGCUUUCUCAUUUAGAUUCGAUUGCGCACAUCCCAAGGGUAGUUCAAGCAAUACCUGAUACUAAUGAUGCCACAUUAGACCACGCAAGGCUUUCUGAAAGGUUGGCAACAUAUCAUCUCACUGAAGUUCAAAUGGAAGGAGAUGGGAAUUGCCAAUUCCGAGCCCUUGCAGAUCAGAUUUUUCAAAAUCCAGAUCACCAUAAGUAUGUAAGAAAGCAGGUUGUCAAACAGCUAAAACAUUUCAGAACACUAUAUGAAGGCUAUGUUCCUAUGAAAUACGAAAGCUACCUGAAGAAAAUGAAGAGAAAAGGGGAAUGGGGAGACCAUGUUACUCUUCAAGCUGCAGCAGACAAAUACUGUGCUAAAAUAUGUUUAGUCACAUCUUUUCGAGAUAGAUGCUACAUUGAGAUCCUUCCCAAGGACAUCGAACCUGCAAGGGAAUUAUGGCUGAGCUUUUGGAGUGAAGUACAUUAUAAUUCUUUAUAUGAAACUGAUGGAGGGGUCCCUACUCGACACCAGCGCAAGAAGCAUUGGCUUUUCUAGAAUGGCCAUACUGCAGAUGUUGUGUGACUCGUGUCUAACACACAAAUGCAUAUAUAAUGUUACUUUAUAGUGCAUGCCCCUACUAAAAAUAUACUCCGUAUUUACUUUAUAGAUGUAAUGGAGGAUGAAUCUUCCUGUCAGGCCAGCCUCACAGGAACCGCUGUCCGGCUGCCUUCAUUUCAGGUGCUUCCCGGUGAAAUUUUUCGAUAAAAUUGUGUGAGCAUUUUCAUCAUAAAGUGAAGAUUAUGUUCACAAAAUUUGAAUAGGGAAGUCGAUUAAAAAAUUAUUGAAAAACAUUGUGCCAAAAAAUAUAUAAAAAACGCAGUGUUUUUCAAUAAUUUAUUUAACCGAUUUGCAGAUUGAGUUUUAAGCUGAAAUUUGGUGGACAUAAUCUACACUCAUGAAUAACAUAUUGACAAAAUUUCAUCAAAAAAUUCCACCAGGAAGCACCUCAAAUGGAGGCGGUUGUACGGCGGAAACGCCACUCUGUAAUGGAAUGUUAUAGUUGUUAGGAGAAAUGUGUAAAUAUAUCCGAAGUAUAUGUGAAGGUGCAAAUAUCCCUAUCGAGAAAAGGUACAAAUAUACCCAUGUAUUAUGGUUGAGAAUAAAUAUACUCUUGUUCAAUUUUUUGGAACAAAUAUACCCCUGGCCUGAAGUAUAUGUAAAGUGCAUAUAUAUCCUUGAACUCUUAAAAAGUGUAAAAAUACCCCUCAUGUUCUUAUAAAGGACCAAAUUUACCCUAUUGACUUUAAAUUGAUAAAAUAAAUUUCAAAAAAUAGCAAAAAUAAAUUAUAAAUUUAAAAUUAAAAAUUAAAAAAAUUAAAAAUGUACUCGUGUCCAAUUCUCCCUUUUAUUGUUUUUAUAUCACAAAUAAAUUUUAUCAGUAUAAAAUAUUGUUUUAAAACUUUACUAUAUAUUUUAGAUUCUUUCAAAAAAGUGUUAACAUAUGUGUUGCAAUGUAAAAAGAAGUUAAUUUUUUCCAUUCUUUACACUAUAAAAUUACAUAUUUUGUAUGAUGAUAAAAAGUUCAGGAUUACAAAAUAGUGAAUUUAAUUUCAUUAAAGGUAAACAAAAACAAAGAAUGUUAUUUUAAAAAAUAUAACAAUGUGUUAAAAAUUUCACAAGACUAAAAUUAAUAGGUAUGAAUUUGAAGUGCUUCACUUACAAAGGAAAAGUAAUAAUUUUGGAAUUUAAAAUUAAAAGUUAAUAUUUUAACAUAAUAAUAAAUAUUUGUUUUGAAAUUUUGAAUUUAUAAUUUUUUUUAGUAUUUUUUGAAAUUUAUUUAAAGUCGGUAAAUUUGUUUCUUUAUAAGAGCAUGGGGUAUUUUUGCACUUUUUAAAAGUUCAGGGGUGUAUAUGCACUUCAACAUAUGCUUCAAGAAUAUAUUUGUUCCGAAAAAUAUAACAGGGAUAUAUUUGUUCUAUCCCGCAUAUUAGAGGGGUAUAUUUGCACCUUUUGCCUAUCCAUGAAUUUCUAAAGGGUGCAAAAAUGCCUCUUAUAUUCCUAUAAAGGAGCAAAUUUAUACUUACUCAAUU